ACGCGUGUUUAUUUAUGUUUUCAUACACAUUUACAUUUAUAUUUUAUUUUUAAUAUGAAUGAAAUCUGACAUUAAAAAAACUAGGAGAACAGGAUUGUGAAUAUAAUUAAGGAAAAAAAGGUGAAAACAUUUAGUGUUGUGAUGACUUGAAACUAGUGAUGUAGGAUUAGAACUAUUUUGUAAAGUUUUAAAUAUUUAACAAGUUUGAAUUGACAAAGAAAUGGCGUUGGUUAAUUUUAUUUUGUGUUUGGUGCUUAUUUUGUACCAGCUCUCUGCCGCAUAUAGUGAUGAAACAUCUUCGGAAUCAACAGAUCUUGGUCUAAUCGAUACCAUGUCCGGUGAUGUAGAAGGCGUGCGUUGUUACUGCAACACGGCACAGUGCGUGGGUACCGCAUACAUGUGCCGGGCACGCCGUGGUGGCGGCUGCUACAGCGAUCUGCCCGCGCCUCGUCCGCACCACGCCAGGCACGGCUGUCUCCACCAUCUCGCAGACAAUGAACAAGAAGCGUUGUCGUAUUGCCAGAACAGUCCUUCGAGUGCGGCGCCGCGCGGCCAACACUCGCUGCUGCUUUGCUGUUUCCGCGACCUGUGCAACCAUGAGGAUAGCCCGCUGGCACGCAUCCGGCUCAACCUCACCAACGAACAUGACCCUAACGGCGUUGCGACGGAGCGAGGUGCAAGCUACAACGGCGAGGUGUGGUUCAAGGCGGCCACUAUAGCUGUGCCAGUGUGUGGCGCACUCAUACUGUUCCUGCUGGUCGCUGUCGCUGUGCGUCUGUUAAGAGCUGACGCGCUGCUGCAUGCUGAUAGAAAGCUAAGAGGCGGUUAUAUGUCUCCAGCUCAACACUGUUCAGAGGAUGUGAAGAAAGUGUGGGUUGGAAGUUCAUCCUCUCCACUCUUAGUGGCUCCCGGCGGCUGCCUCGUGGCCGUAGAGAGGGCGCAACUAGUUGAUGCGCCUGCGCCAACACAACUCUGUGAUAUCCAACGGUAAACAGUACCACAAUGUAAAAUGUCUUUGAAGAGCUGUACCGUGAAGUGUAGACUUGCUUAUGCCAUUUGGUGUUCGUGUGAUAUGAGGCUUAAAAGUUAUUCAAAUCGUGAAUAUAGUUCUUAAAGUGCUACCGUUGUCUAAUAGAUGGCGCUGUUAGUUUUACUUUACACUACUAGAUGGCGCUAUUACCAAUGAGCUGAACCUUGAACUCGCUUAUUUAAAAAGGUUGAGGUUAUUAAUUGAGGUUAUCUAUAUAACAUGUGUUGAAAACAUCGCCACAUCAAGCGAUGUAUGAAGACUGAUUUUGAAGCAGAUUUUUUUAAUAUCGCGCUACGAUUGUAAGGAAUGGACGCAAUUUUAUGGUUGUCGAGGGUAAUUAAAAUCUACGAAAUACUAAAU